AUGGCCACGCAACCAGCCAACGCGGCGGACAUGCUACCAGUGGAUGCGAUAGCUAUACAACCGGCCAACAACCCGCAACCGAACAGGGGUGCGAGUUGGUUAAAGGAUUUCAGACGGUAUAACCCCCAUCCAUUUGUCAGUUCAAAGGAAGAUCCCACAGCGGCUCAUAUGUGGAUUGCAAACAUGGAAACGACCUUUGAAUCAAUGAGAUGCCCUGAUGAACAUAAGGUGGCGUGUGCGGCGUAUGUAUUACAAAAAGAUGCAGAAGUGUGGUGGUCGGACAAUAAACAGAGUAUCAACCCGGGUGAGGGGAUUACAACGUUGGAAACAUUUAAGGAAGCCUUUCUGAAGUAUUAUUAUCCAAAGGAAACCCGUAUAAAGAAACAACAAGAGUUUAAUCACUUAACCCAAGGAGAUCGCACGGUGGAUCAGUAUGAUCAGGAGUCCAUGAGAUUAAGAAGGUUUGCACCGUCAUUAGCUGACACGGAAGAGAAAUAG